GUUCAUUCACACCGUUUGGAAGGGUUUUCUUGUUUAUGGUCCUGUGUUUAAAGUAAAAUUUGUCAAACUGUUUCAUAUCAAAGUUUUAGAUGCUUAUUUCGGCCAGGAAAGGGAUUUUAUCGGUAAACUGAGGAGUUUAUUUACAAUGGAAAAACUGGAGUUUUUGAAUGGCUUUUUCACAGAGCGUUUAAUUGCAGCAGCUGAUGAGAUAUUUCAGGUAGUUAAAGACACGAUUUCUGAAUAUCAAGAGGAAAUAGAGCGGGCAAAACAAGAGAAUCGCUACCUGAGGGACAUGCUGGUGAGCAUCAACAGCAGUGGAGAAGACCGGAGAGAUAUACAACCCUGUCAUGCAGAUGAGAGCCAGACCAACCAAGGGCUACCAGACUCUGAGCCCAUGAUACAAGUGAAGUUGGAGCUUUGCACUGUACAGCAGGAACUGGAGCCACAACAGCCAAUAACUGUUGCACCAUGCACAACAACUCACAUGGACAUAGCGCUCAACCAAGAGCCACUUCCCUGUCUCCCUGUUAAGUCUAUGGAUACAGAGGAGAAAGAGUGCACUAGUCUGCAUGUGGAUCCAGUCCCUGUUAAAGCAGAGCUGUGUGACUCCCAAGCCACCUGCACGGAAAACUCUGAUUCAUCCGCAGCGCAGCGGGAACAAGAAAGCGCCGGAUACUUUGAAGUUGAUGAGGAUGACCCGAGCUCAGGUUACACACUUCUUAAUGCGUUGCCUGAUCGUCCAUCACAGACACAAAAUGACCUCGCAGACAGUCUGUUUUACUGUAAGGUUUGUAACAAACCUUUCAAAACGUACUUAUGGCUGGAGAAGCAUAUGGCGAGUCACAAAAAUGAGGAACGACACGUCUGUGGUGUUUGCGGAAAGCGUUUCAAACUUGCGCAGACACUUGAGAGUCACAUAAACAAUCACACGAGGGAGAGGCCGUAUUGUUGCCGGUUCUGUGGGAAGGGUUUUGGUCAGAAAAGUCAUGUGAAGGACCACGAGAGAAUUCACACGGGGGAGAAGCCCUUCAUUUGCUCAAUAUGUCAGAAAGGUUUCGUGCAAAGAAGUCAGCUAAUGACCCACAUUCACACGCACUCUUACUUGAUGAAAGACUUGUCAGAGGUAAAACAGUGGAAGAGACGAAAAUAAGAACUGUGUGUGUGUUGAAGGGGAAUUCAGACCAUUUUUUCUCACAAUUUCUGCAAAAUCCAGGCAGGAUGUUAAAGUUGUUCAGAGUGGCUUGAUGUGAAAUGCUCCACUGUAGAGAAACUUAGAGUCAGAAUUGUUCACAGUGGGGUUGAUAGGAACCAGAAGCGAUUAAUUCAUCCAAAGGUUACCUCAGUUAUUACAUGAAAUGGCUACAACUACACUGCUUGAUGCCGGAGAUGUUAGUUUACGGUAGUUUUGAGUUUUAAGGUUUUGGCCUAAAAUGUAUCCAUUCAUGACGGAGAGACAGAUACAGGGCACUGUAAGGAAUAAUAGUCCUCAAAGAAAACUUACUUUUACAGAUUUACCGCUAUUUUACCUUCAUCAACAUUACAUAUAAAGCUUAGAAGACGUGUAGGUUCACUGAUUAUUUUGUAUAGUAAAUAAACUGGCUAUUUUUGCUUUGUAGACAUUGUGACCCAUGGUUUCUUUCACCAUCACUGUAAAGAAAUCAGUCUGUAAGUGUCUCUACAAUGCACCACUUCACACCAAACCACUCUGAAUGGUGUUACAUCUCAACAGCUGAAUUAUGCAAAAAUGUAAAAAAAUCAGAGGAGUUCCUCUUUAAAACCCUGUUUGUUUUCUAUUUGAAGUGAUGUUUCUCCUUUCGGUCUCUGUUUCUUUAAACAGCCUGUACUAAAACUGUUCUGGAAAGUCUUUAGUAAGCGUAAGGUUUUCUCCCCAAUGCUUAAGUUUUUUUUGUUUGGUGUGAUGAUGCCCCUCACCAAAUCAUUCAUAUUAUUAAAUGUGAAAAUGAAAGAGUUUGAUUCUCUUCAGGCUUCAUUGCAUAGAGAAGUGACUACUUGCUGUAGGGGUUUAGGAUUUCACAUUUUAAGUUAGAAUGAAAUCUUGCGUUUCCCAACCCUGGAGUACCCAUGCUAUAACACACCCUUGAAUUACGUGUUAAUUAGCUGAUGAUAAUUGAUUGAAAAGUGUUAGGAGCAGGAAAAUGAUCAGAGCCAUUUUGGGUCAAAGCCAAGUUAGGAGCAGGAAAAUGGUCAAUACAGGGGUGUUCCAGUUCCAGUACUAGGAAAGACUAGCCCAAUCUGAGGAGACUGUAGAUGUCUAAGGGAUGUAUGAAAUGAUCAGGUCUGCUGUGUAGUUAUUCUGGAGUGAAUUACCUUAAUUAAAAUUCCCUGAACGCAGAGCUCCCUCAGUAAUAGUAGUCCUGUUAAAAUUGACAUUACAGUAAUGUAAUAAUAAAACCGGGUAACAGAAAAUGGCACCUCCGUUUUUUUUUGCAACCUGAAGUCGACUAACCGCUAAAAUGGAGCUUGAUUAGACCCAGUUCCUUAAUCCUCGUCCUUAUGACCAGACUGCUGAAAUCCACAAUUCAGUGGAUAUCACAAUUCCCUCCCGCACGCUCUUAUUAUGCACCAUCAUUUGGAAUUGCUGUUGAUAAUGGGAGUCACCACACAAUCCUGCACAGAUCCUUUAUUCCUUACAAAUUGGCCAGUCAAAUCACGUUCAAAUUACAUUACUGAGCUUCCUCUGUUAAAACAUCCAGCUCGAAUAGGGCUCUAAUAGCCAGAAUCCCCCAGCAGAUCUAAAUAUUGAUUACACAUUUCUAUCACUUAAGAAUUACUUAGCCAGUUUGCACUAUAGUCCAUUAUUACUGAAUGAUACGUUUUAGGAUGAAAUAACCCGGGUAUUAGUUAAGGUGUUUGGUCUAAUAAGGAAGCUUUCGCUACUAGACUAUUGGUUAUAAUGUAACUAUUCCAGUAGACACCCAGUGUAUACUACUUUGCACAAGUCAGAGAACAUUCCUGGUUUAUUUCAUUUCCUGUCAAAAGUUAUUUAUGGAGUUAGGAGAAAAUUAAGAUCCACUCUUGCUUCAGAUCUGAUUGUGUGAUUGUCACUGAA